AUGGGUUGCAACCCGCGACAGGGCAAGGCCGAGAAGGGCAAGGCUGAGAAGCCAGCGAAGCCUGCAAAGCCAGACAGCCGACAGCUGGCAGCCCAGAAGGCAAAGUUUUCGGUUGCCUCUUGUGGCUGCCAGGCGCUUGAAGCAAUGCAGGAGGAGAUGGCACCAAAGAAGGCCACAGAGGAGGAGGAGGAGGUGGAGGCCGUGCCCAACACGGAGCUGUUUGUGUUGGGAUCUUCGGAGUCUUACUCUUACGAGGAAGAUGAGGAAGUAGACAAGGAGAAGAGGGAGAAGGCAAAGGCAGAGGAAGCGGCCAAGGCUGCUCAAGCUGCAGCUCAGGCUGCAGAAGAGGAGGCCAGACUAAAAGCUGAAGCCGCGAGGAAAGCGGAGGAAGAGCGCAAAGCGCUUGAAGCACAGAAAGAGGCAGAAGCCGAGGCAAGACAUUGGGCACUUACCUGCUUGCACGCUGCGGGGUACGCAACCUUUUCUCAAAUGUGA